CGACCGGCAACGGAGAUGAAAGCUGUCAUGAUCGCUGCUUGCGCUGCAGCCAUGGGGUUGGUUGUGGCAGUGAGCAUGAUCUGGAUGUCUCAAUCCUCGUCCGCGGUCGCUCUGGAGGUGAACAUGCCGGAGGAGAACCAUCCUCCUCUCUUCGACCACACGUUCUGGGGAGUAGGCAACGAAGACCGGAUCGAACGCCGUGCAAACUGGGCCCUUCGUGCAAUCGGAAAGAUGAAUGGAACUUUGAUUGAGGCCAUGAUCGCUAACGGCACGAUCGCGUCAGAGAGCGAGGCUAUCGAUCCCGCUUUGAUCGCGGAGAUUCAUCAGGCUCAGCAUGAGCAGGACAUGGAGAGCGACAUCAACGCUCCUGCCCCUGAGAGGUUCCCCUUCGAGCAGGACACUCCUGCUGCCGAGGAAGGCACUGAAGCUGAGGGGAGCGAAGAGGGUGCUGAGGGCGAGGAGGGAGCUACAGAGGAGGGAGCCGAGGGUGCUUCAGAGGGAGCCGAGGGAGAGGAGGGUGCUACAGAGGAGACAACAACUGAGGAGGGAGGGGAAUCAGCUGCGGUGGGUCCUGAUACUGAGGAGGAGAGCGCUCAGUGAUUUCAACGGCUGGGUGAAAGAUGGAUGGACGGACUAAACGAAGUAGACCAGCACACUUUGUCCGGCAAAGUGCGAGCAGUUGCUGGGCUCGUGGGGAGGUUGCUGGCGGCGAAUGUAGCGGGAGGAUGUAGAGUACCAUUCAUGUCGCUCGAUGUGUUUGUG